AUGACAACAAUCAGUGGUGAUGAUGAAGAAUCUGAAUCAAUAUCAAAUCAUGAUGAAGAAGUAAAAGAAGAAAUAAUUCCAAAAUGGUUUGAACAUGCAUCAUCCAUAAUAAAUGAAACAAAACCAGUUGAAUUACAAGAAUCAUUUCAAUCAACAUCAACAUCAAAAUAUCUUGAAAGUCGUUAUUUAAUAUGGAAUAAUAUAGGUGCAAUAACAUGUUAUAAUGAACAAGUUCAAAUAUCAUUUCAUGAUGUAUCAUAUCAUCAUUCAAUAACAAUUGAUAAAAAAACUGAUAAAUAUAAUCUUGCUGAUUUAUCAUUAUCAUCAAUUGUACUUGCUUCAUAUGAAACAGGGAAAUUUUUAUCUAUAUUAUAUCAAUCAUGGGAUUCAAAUAUGCGUCAAUGGACAUUAAAUACAGAAAAUAAUGAGAAAAUUGAAACUGUUAAUUUAUGUGAAGAUUUUAUUGUUAUUGAAACAUCUCAAAGAUUAAUACGUCUAAUGAGUUUAUCAGGUUUUCAACAAAGAAUAAUUCGUCUUCAAGGUCCAAUUAUUUCAAUAACUUCUUAUCAAAAUCAAUUAUGGAUUAUUCAUCAUUCAACACAAGGUCUUCCAAAAGAACAAGUUAUGUCAUAUGUUUAUAUUGAUAUUGAAAAUGAUAAUUAUUUAACUGGUCCAUUACCUUUUUCUGAUAGUGGAGAAUCUGGUUAUUUAACUAUGCUUAGACGUACAAAAGGAAAUGAAUUUGAACCAUUAUUUAUUUGCAAUCUUAAACAAGAGGCUGAGAAAAAUAAUUUAGCAAAUUAUUGGUUAUUAGGAAUAAAUGAUUUUGAUGGAAAAUUUCAAUUACGUGUUAUUGAACUUCGUGAUCAAUCAUAUCCUGAACUUGUCCCAUCACCAAUUGUUUCUCUUUCAUUAUGUUUAUAUGAAAUAAAUACAUAA